CAGAUAAGUGUUGGAUGGUGAUUCAGGUUGAUAUGUGCGCCUCUCGUAACAGGUAGUGAGCGAGCGAGCGAGUGAGUGAGUGCCUGUAUCUUUGUGAGCGAGCGCAAAAGGGUUCUCUCGUUCUUCCUCUCCGGAGGCCUGCAAGAAGAACGCGCGCAGCGCACACAUUUACACAUGUAUUAUUAAUAACAUUCGUGCGCGAAUUCACCUAGCCUUUAUUAAUUACCACUACCUGUGUGCGUUCGCCAGCAGCCAACGCGUUUGCUGCCUGCUGUAUUCCCUUCUUGCGCGUAGGUUCCUUCAAAAUAAUCUUCGGGGAAGCCGGGAAGAUCGAGAAGGAGAACCAGAGAGAAAGAAGAGUUGUAGUAGAAGAAGAAAAAACAAAUAACGAAAGAUAGAAGGAAACAUACAAACAAACAGAAGAAGGCGCGCGCCCGACAGCGAACCCGUGUGGUGGUAUCUGUUCCUCUUCUUCUGGUUCUUGAUCUUGUUCUUGUGGUGCGUGUGUUCCGUAUGUAGUGUGUGCGCGUCUGUAUUAUACUGUUUGUGUCCAAGUGCAUCAGCAUCCCAAAGUUUCUCCACCACGACGAUGCUCUCAUCAAAGUCGGUCGGUUAAGUCUUUAAUUAGACUCCGUCGGAUUUCGGACCCUCGUCCAUCCCGGAUGACCUUGGUGAUCACGUGAGCGUAAGGGCCUUGACCUUAACACUCCCACCGCCACGCACUGAAUGUUCCUGAAUAAAAGGACGAUGGUAGAUGUCGGCCGUUGGGCCGGCGCGGUGAGCUGAUCUAUGCUGCCAUGUCUGCGGAUAUGAGGUCUCCGAACGUAUCCGUGACCCCAAUCAAUGUGGAGCCAUACUCGCCGACGGCCGUCCCAAAUGGGGACCGCCACGGCGCGCAAUCGGUCCACAAUGGGGAUGUUCUGGACACGACAGACGCGGAGGUCGCCCAGAUCGACUUUCAAUCGAUGGUCAACAUGAGACACAAGAAGAAGCGGCCAGGAGAUGGCCCCUCCGAUAUACCCAGGCCGAUGUCCUGGGAGGGAGAACUCUCCGACAACGAAAGGGAGAUGUGCAUCGACGACGUCGUCGCCCACGGUGGAGGAGGAGGCGGAGUUGGGUCUCACGUACCCGAAAACCUCUCUCUUCAGGCCUCCCAUCACCACGGCGGCUCCAAGAAUGCAUUGCACGUGCAACCGUCCCCCGUCGCCGAUCCCAAAGAGAGCCCAGGAAUGAGACUGAAACAGCAACCCCCGAUGGGCAGCUACUCUCUGCAUUCGACGCCGAGCAAUUCCCCGCUCCUCUCGCAGCGACACCCGCUGCCCAUCCUAGUUGCUAAGGACCUCAUGCACAAGGACAUGAUGCACAAAGCUCUGAACGUGCCACCCACGCCAAGUCCCGACUCGGCCGUCCACUCUGGCUACAGUGUAUUCUCAUCUCCGACGCAGAGCCCCUUGACCCAACGUCACGUCACCCUCACCCCGAAUCUCAGCAGGAACAACAGCGACGCCUCGCACUCGAGCUGCUGCAGCUACUCCAGCGUCUCGGUUUCCGUCUCACCCACGCAGCAAUUCUCACCUACUCAUAGCCCAAUACAGGGUCGUCAUAUGCCCAACAUCCACAGCAGUCCGCUUCAUCAUAAUUUAUACAGGGGCAUCCAGGAGGAUCACACGAGCUCGCAAUACGUGCAAGACCACGAGAACCUCCUGGACGACGACAACAAGAGCGGUAUCGUAGACGAUAAGACUGGCAUAGUGCACACGUCCUUACCAGCGCAACCCGGUAUUUCUAGACAGCAGUGGAUUAACAGUCCGUGCCCGAUUUGUGGCGACAAGAUCUCCGGGUUUCAUUACGGAAUCUUCAGUUGCGAGUCGUGCAAAGGUUUCUUUAAACGGACUGUUCAGAACAGGAAGAAUUACGUGUGCCUGAGGGGAGCCGCCUGUCCGGUGACUGUGGCAACGCGCAAGAAAUGCCCCGCAUGUCGAUUCGAUAAAUGUUUGCAGUGCGGAAUGAAGCUGGAAGCAAUUAGGGAAGAUCGGACGAGGGGCGGAAGGUCCACGUAUCAAUGUUCGUACUCGCUGCCGCCGACGUUGGCUAGUCAUCCGGAGUUCAGGGCGAGUUCGAGCGACCUGAGGCAGGGGAUGGGCAGCGAUUCCCAUCUGCCCAAUAUGACCGUCAAAUUGGAGCCCCAGGACUCAGUGUUACACUCGAAGCGCAUGAACAAGAAUGUCCCGCCGCUAUUGCAAGAAAUAAUGGACGUGGAGCAUCUGUGGCACUACAACGAGCUGGAAUUGAACAAGCUGAACAGCGAAGGACACCUCGGUAAGGAGGGAAGUAGUGGUGCGGUGCACAACCUAUCCACCCAUCCAUUGCUUGCCGGAACCGCCCUCGCUUGUUCUGCAAACACGAACCCCGACUUCCUCACGAACCUGUGCAAUAUCGCCGAUCAUCGCCUUUACAAAAUCGUCAAAUGGUGCAAAAGCUUGCCACUGUUUAAAAACAUUUCCAUCGAUGAUCAAAUUUGCUUGCUGAUCAAUUCUUGGUGCGAGCUGCUCCUCUUCUCGUGCUGUUUCCGCUCGAUGACUACGCCCGGGGAGAUCCGCGUGUCUCUUGGGAAGAGCAUAACUCUGGCCCAGGCGAGAGAUAUGGGAAUGCAGGCGUUCAUCGAACGAAUGCUGAACUUCACCGAGCAGCUGAGGAGGCUCCGCGUGGAUCAAUACGAAUACGUUGCCAUGAAAGUUAUCGUUCUGCUUACAUCAGACACCUCGGAGCUGAGGGAGGCGGAGAAAGUGAGGGAGUCGCAAGAGAAAGCUCUGAAGGCCCUGCAGGACUACACGCUCACGCACUAUCCAGAGAGUCCGGCAAAGUUCGGUGAACUGCUAUUGAGGAUCCCCGAAUUACAAAGAACUUGCCAGGUUGGAAAGGAGCUGUUGACAAUAAAAUCCCGAGACGGAGAAGGGCCGAGCUUCAGCCUGCUGAUGGAGCUGUUGCGAGGAGACCACUAAGAGAUGUGCCUUAUAUGCUUUUUUUGUUGGUGGCGGGUUCUUACUUACAGACAGUAUUUUUUGCUUGUUACUCCUUAGACUAUAUAAGUGGAAACCUAACGUACUUAGUUCUCUUAUUUUGUUUUUGUUUUCUCUCGUUCUGGACAGUCGUCACCUGACCAGAAAUUCUUACCGCAUUCCCGAACGAUGAUUUCGACGAUAAACAAUAACUGAUGCGCAAAAAAAAACGAAACGAAACAAAUAAAGAUACAAAUCAAACGCGGAAGAUUAAAAAGAAAA